AUGUCUGGUGAUUCACAAAUCGAUCAAUUAAGAAGUUCUUUAAAUCGUUGGAACAAUUCCCGAUCAGGCAAUGCCAAUACAACCGACAACGGUGGUAGUGGUGGAUUCUUUUCAUCAUGGACAGAAUCUUUAAAUAACACAGCAUCCGAUAUCUAUCAACGAUUACCAUUAACGAGGCAAGAUUUAGAACAAGAAGAAGAACCCGCCUGGUUUAACCUAUCUCGUGUUGAAAGAUUAGUUUUAUUCUUUUGUUUCAUUCUUGGAUCACUUGGAUGUUUCACAUUAUGCAUUUUCUUAUUUCCUGUUUUGGCUAUUAAGCCAAGAAAAUUCGCAUUAUUAUGGACUAUGGGAUCUUUAUUAUUUGUAUUUGCAUUUGGUGUAUUAAUGGGACCAAUGGCAUAUAUUAAGCAUUUAACGUCAAAGGAUAGAAUUGCAUUUUCUGCAUUCUUUUUUGGUACAUGUUUAAUGACAUUAUAUUUUGCAACGAUUAAAAAAAUUACAAUUCUGACUAUGAUUAGUGCUAUAUUAGAAUUGAUUGCUGUAUUGUAUUAUGCUAUUUCAUAUUUCCCAAUGGGUGCAUCAAGUUUAAGAAUGUUAAGUAGUUUUGGAUUAAGUACCGCUAGAGGUGCAUUACAUAUAUGA